AUGGGUGCAAAAGCAAGUACUGCGAACGGUGGCCAGAGUCCACGUGCCAGGACAUUCUCCACGAGCUCCAGCUCUGAUGUAGUGUCAGGGGGCGCAGGGUUCAGCCUACUGAGAGCGAUCCCGGGGAUUCAGGUCUCGAACGAUCGCCAGCGGGCUAGGUCGUUAUCUUCGGUGCCGGAUCUUCAUUCUUCACAUGAGGCGAUUGCUAUUCCUCCAAACUCACAGAGCUAUGAAGCUUCAGCGGCUGCCAGCCCUGAUACCGACUCAAGCUCGAACGAAGAAGUCGGUCCGGUGGCGGGUACAUCACUGUCGCUCGGCCGAGUGUACGCCGCACAUUCGCUGCCCUCACACAUCUGGUCCAUAAACGGUAAGUACCCUCUAAGUAACACACGUUACAGAGACAGCACACCUCUCAAUUUCUCAUCAAAUAAAUAUUGUCUGUAA